GCAAACUUUUUUGAACGAGCCUUUUGAGUUCCAAAAUGCGAACGCAUCCAUAGAUUCGGUUUAUUUUGACCACGUCGAUUACUAUGGAUUUAAAACUAGUCGUCCGAUAUCUUUCCAAUGGCAAUUUAGAAGAAAACUUGUGUUUAAUCUGCUUGGCGCCUUUGGGUAUAUCAUAUGAAAAUGUUCAUACUAAAAUCUGUAAAGAAGAGAACGAAUUUAGUUUGGUUGAUAUAUUAAGAACCGUUUGUCAAAUUGAGUUUUCAGAUGCCGAUAAUUAUAAUGUAUGCCACAGUUGUUUUGUGGUCGCGUCAGUAGCCUAUAAAUUCUAUUUGCAGACUAAACAAAGUCAAGAAAUACUAAAAUUUUACACGGAUGAAAUAUUAAGGGCAGUUGAAAAUUAUACUAACGACCACCAUACUGAUUUCUCUGCACUUUGUAUCCCUUUACCUGUUUACAAACCAGAAACACCGACCUAUAACUUUGAUUUACGAUGCUUAGAUUACAAAGACAUAAAUCCUAAAAGUAUACAAGAACUGCAUAAUAAUGACAAUAAUGUAAUUUUAAUCAAAAAUGAAGGUGAACAACAAUAUUACAAAUUCAUUAAAAACAGUGAAACGGCCUUAUCACAUAAUAAAAAAACAAUUUCUGGUGAUUAUUUAAAAAUGGAAGCACCAUUGACAAAUCUAAAGGGAAAACCAAAAAGAAAAAGAGGUCCGAUGACUUAUAAAAGUUGUAGAAUGUGUCCAGUUAAAUAUCGGUUCACUUCGAAACUACAACAACAUAUGAAAUUGGAUCAUAACAUUGUUUUGUACGUAUGUAAGAUUUGCAAGGCAAUGACGGAAGAUCAAAUUGAACACCAAAAUCAUAUAAACACUCAUACAAAUGUGCAUGAAUGUGCUCUUUGUGGUAUGGUCUUUAAAAAGCGUGAUACCAUAAUAUCCCAUUUGAAAUGGCACGAUGCCAUGAGGUGUUCCGUCCAAGCGGACGCUGUUCACAUUUGUGAAAUAUGCGGAAUGAUAUUUCAAAGCGAAGAUGAACUAUCGGAGCAUUGCGACAAGAAACAUACAAAGAAAUUCACUUGUUACUACUGCGGCAAAAUGUAUAAAAGCGAAUCUAGCUUCGAAAUACACAUUAAUAAACAUGAAGAAAAGAUAGUAAAUAAAGAACCAAGGAACGUAAAACAAGCAACUACCAAAGACAAGUCUAAAGCGGAUCCGUCGAAGCCACGUUGCGCUUGCGACACGUGCGGCCGCAGCUUCGUGGACCAGCGCACCCUCAUGUGGCACCAGCGACUGCACAGCAACGAGCGGCCCUACGUGUGCGACGUGUGCGGGCGCGGCUUCGUGUCGCUGAACCGCCGCAACCAGCACCGCGUGUGCGCGCACUCCGCGCCCAGCCGCCGCUGUCCGCUGUGCCCCGCCCUGUUCCAUCUGCGGUCCAUGGUCAACACGCAUCUCAAAAAGGUACAUUUGAAAGCUCACAAGAAACGCCGCAAUCGAACGAGCAAGUACCAAGACGUUCCCUGGCGCACGGAGACCGUCCCCAUACAGGAGCUGAGCGUAUCGAUACAGGACGAAAUAUUGGAGUUGCAGAAUGCAAAACGCACCAAGAAUGACGUCAUCGAUUGGGGUUGCCCUUGAAUUUUGGAAAGAAAUAAAUUGAAGAUAAACAAUAUUCACAAAAGAAUAUCUCUACUUCUAGUAAGGAGCUCGAAAUACUAUAAAUCGUGACCAAUAAAUUCUAUCCUACA